AUGAAAAACUCCUUUGAGGUUGCUGAGGAGCAACAAAAUGAAGUGCAAAGGUAAGAUCAUAUUCUUCAACUUGGAAUUGGGAUUUUGCCUGUGUGUGAAUGUUGCGCAUAUCUAUCUAUCAUCUCUAUCUAUCAUCUAUCUAUCUGCUAAAAUAUAUCCCCAUAUCAAUAACUAAAAUUAAAAUGAAUGUGUGGCAAUGUAUGAUAAAUAAUAAAAUGUGAGAACAGAAAAAUACACACCACACAAUAAAAUUUGGUUAGAAAUCUGGACAAAGAAAGCAGUACUUCUAGCUUUAAGGAAGUAAAAAUCACUGUUUGGCCUCAGUCAUAUUUGAUCCAUAAUUUGAUAAAAAGAAAAUGGUCACAGUCAGGAAUUGACAAAGUUGUCUGUUGAACUGAUGACACCCAAGUAAAGAGGGUUGACUGGAUGAGGCAAAAAAUUAGAUAUAAGACCUGUGUAAUCAUGCUUUACUUAUCUUAACCCUGAUUGCACAUUAUGGGUGAAGUUCAAUUAACUUUUAUUCUGAGUACCUAUAUUGAUAUUAAUGAACAUAGCCAAGGUAGGCUCAUGGGUUUCCAUAGGUCAACUGAGAGUCAACAAAAAACUAAAACAGCACCAAUGUUGGGCUGUUAACUCUAAUGUGAACUCAUGAUUUAGACUAUAUUUAUAAACCAAGGUUUGCAUGAACCUGGUUUAAGCAUUGCAUGUUUAUUGGUUGACACAAUUUUAUUGCCUUGGAAGGUUACAAGCAGAUGGAGCAUGUGUCACCCAAUUCAUGCCUUGUAGAAAGUUUUGCAUUUAUUUGAAAUGAGACAAGUAUGCACACACAGCGUUGGAUUGGUUGGUUUGGGGAUUAACUGACAUUGUGAUGUGUAACACAUGGCUUUCCUUAGACUCACUGUUGCCCUUUCUCUGUAGGGAAGAGGUUAGGAUGGGGGACGAGAACUUUACUUCGAUCAAAUAUUUUGUAUUGGUGGGACUGUCAAAUGACCGAAGGACACAGAUUCUACUCUUUGUGGUGGUCUUCAUCAUCUACUCCCUCACCAUUAUGGGGAACCUGGUGAUCAUCAUCCUUGUCCGACUUGACUCUUCCCUCCACACACCCAUGUAUUUCUUCCUGACACACCUGUCAAGCCUGGAGAUCUGUUUUGUCACCAGCACUUUGCCCCAGAUGCUGGCUCACCUCCUGUCUGGAAACGGAGUCAUUUCUUUCACCCACUGCACUCUCCAGAUGUAUAUUUCGUUGUCCCUAGGUGGUACCGAAUGCCUUCUUCUCAGUGCCAUGGCCUAUGACCGCUACUUGGCUAUCUGCCACCCUCUAUUAUAUGCUAGCAUCAUGGGCUGGGGGCGCCAAGUCCUGCUUACUUCACUCUGUUGGGCAGGUGGCUUCCUCCUAGGUUCUAUAAAUGCAGGUAGCACCGUUCGCCUCCCCUUCUGCGGCCCCAACCGCAUCAACCACUUCUUUUGUGAGCUCCCGAUAGUGCUGAAGCUUUCUUGUGCUGACACGCACCUCACGGAGGCUUUCAUAUUCGUGGCAUCCGUACUAUUGCUUAUAAUUCCUCUGACGAUUAUCCUUAUAUCCUAUGGGCUUGUUCUCUCCUCAGUAUUGCAAAUGAGAUCAACCACUGGACUGCGCAAGGCCUUCUCCACAUGUGGCUCCCACCUGAUCGUGGUCACCUUGUUCUAUAGCACCGUCAUCUCUAUGUACAUGAUUCCACGGUCGGGUUCAACUUCUGAUCGUGACAAGAAAAUUGCUGUCUUGUACAUUGUGGUCACCCCUUUGCUUAAUCCUAUCAUUUAUACUCUGCGAAACAAGGAUAUUCAUGGUGCAACAGCCAAGGCGCUGAGAAGACUGGCCAUUUUGCAAGAGUUGAGAGUUGCCUACUAGAGUGAAUAAUGUGCAAAUGUUGCCCAAACAUGAUGCGUGUUGUAGCUGAAAACGCUGGCAGCAUUAAGAUAACUUCAACAGCGUACACAAGUUUUGAUGGAUGCAAUAAUGGAAUACAGAAUAAUACUAAUAAAAAAUUAUUUAUACCCCGCCCUCCCCAGCAAAGACCGGACUCAGGGUGGCUAACACCCGAUAUAAAAACAAAUUGAUUGAAAUACAACUUAAAAACAAGAUUAAAACACAACAUUAAAACAUUAAAAUACAGCCUCAUUUCAAUGGAAACUCAUAUCAAAAACCUUUUUGGGGAUGAAAAUGUCAAAUCUUCACCAAGGGUAACUAUCCAGACUGGUCCUACAUGGGCCAGAAAAAGCCUGGCAAGCCCCCAAAUAGGAGUUCCAUCACAGGAGGAGAAAGGAAAAAAGAAGAGGGGGAGGGAAUGGUAUCGUUUUUGUAAAAUAUGCAGUGAUUUAUGAUAUUUAAAAUGAGCCAUGGAAAGAGAAGGGAAGUCAUUGACAUAAGGAUGUAAAAUGAGUAUUUUAAAUUGUAAAACAGAAAGCUUAAUAAAAUUAUAUACAAAAAAAACAACAUUUCGCGUGUUGUUGUUUUGCAUUGUCUUUUUUCCAAUUUAUUUUUUAAAUUAAUUUUCCAAAUUAUUAAAAAUCAAACCAAAUUAAAUCAUUUAAAUAUAUUUUUUUAAAAAAAAUCCUGUUCCAAACAUAUGACCAUCCUCUCCUCUCAUAGCCACAUCAUUUCUUAUUUAGAGUCCAGUUGACAUCCUUCACUUGCUGUUAAACCAUUCUUCCAGCUGGCUGCUUUUUUCACCUUACAGACAGCACCUCCGUUGCAUGUUAUAAAUAAUACUUUUCACGUGUGUAGUCCUUCAUAUACAUUAUUAUCCCGGACCUGGUGUGCUGGGAGAGUUAAUUGCUAUCUUCCAUUGUUCAGUUCUUUGCAGUCUUUUUCUGGACGGUACAAGGUCACAUUUGAUUCCUCCCACUGUUUACAGAAUAGCGUAUGGGCUGCAGCUGUAAAUAACUGACAGAGUGAACAUCCAAACUCCACCAUGAAAAUUUCGCUCUGGAGUUCUUCCUCAGCACACAGUUAAAAACAAGAUCUUUUCUCAAAUUCAGCCUCUUUGCCAGAUCUGUUCAGCAGCAGUUCAUACUUUUUAAACAGUAUUUCUCCAACAGCACGCCUAGUCCAGUCCAGGAAUAAUUUUAAAUAAAGUCCAUUCAGCCUCAGUCAAAGGCGGAGGGCAUACUAAAACCUUGUUAAAUUCAUUGUUGAGCAUAAAUCAAAAGCCUUCCCCCUCUUCUCCGAAAUAAGAAACAGAAUAACAGGAGAGGACAGGAAAAAAGGAAGCCAUUUGAAAACCAUAAGAAAGCAUAAAAUACACAGCACCUUGUCCUUCCCCUUCCUUUCCUGUCUGUUGUAAGGAUUCUCAAGCUUCAAGGAAAACAUUCAGAUACCUUCAAGGAGCCAAGCCCAGUCCUAUUGGCAGCUGACUGAUUGCAGCCCAUUAGCAUAUGUUGGUUCAGGAGUGCCUCUUGAUUCAUGACAAUUGCCCAAAUUAUGGAGCAACCAACCACAAAUCAUGCCAGAGACGGAAGCUCGUCCAUGGGAGGGACACAUUCCCAGGUCGUACCUGCUCUGCCUUUCAAGCUGGCAGACACAGGAUUGAGCGACACAGCGGGAUGCAGUGAGCUCCCCAGACCCCAUUCAGGCACCUGCAGGCCUACUUCACCAGCUCACAGGCUAAUUUCCCAAGGCCUCCUCCUUCACUGGCCCUACUCUGCACCCUCCUAUACUUCCUUUUCCAGGCUGGAAUGCAUCCUUAAAAUGUGAUGCAACAUCCUCCUUGCCUUAUAUUGCUGUACACAACUGAUAUUUUGCAAGAAAGCUGCAAAUAAGUCUUUUAAAAUCAACACAUAAUAUGGAGUCCUGAUAUAGGGUUGUUUUCAAACCACAUUUGCAGUUCUAUACCUACUUUGUUCACCUCUGAUGGUGGGUGCAGUAUCAUUUUCUACAUUACCAGUGUUUUGGGUAUGAAUGCCAAUACAGUGGUACCUCGGGUUACAUACGCUUCAGGUUACAGACUCCGCUAACCCAGAAAUAUUACCUCGGGUUAAGAACUUUGCUUCAGGAUGAGAACAGAAGUUGUGCUCCAGCGGCAUGGCAGCAGCGGGAAGCCCCAUUAGCUAAAGUGGUGCUUCAGGUUAAGAACAGUUUCAGGUUAAGAACGGAUCUCCGGAACGAAUUAAGUACUUAACCCGAGGUACCACUGUAAUUAUUUACGCAAAAUGUUGCCUCCCAUGAACAUGAGGGAGCUAUUGACCAGCCUGUGGAAAAUCCAGCUCUUGCAGGAAUCUACAUCUUUUUUGUGUGGAAGGGAAACUGGGGAGGGGGGGGGAUAUAAACCCUAAAGGAACCUGACAUGGAGAGAGCAUGCUCAGUUUUCACAGACUACUGAGUAUUUUUUGGUGGCAGGAGAGAAAAGAUUAGGUGGAAUGGAGUAUUCUAGUAGAGCACAUGUCAUAGCUAGGUUGCUAGAAUACUCCAUUCCAUUCAUUUCUUGGAAAAUCUUUCCCUUGUGUCUUGUUAAUCGCUAUGUCAAAAGUUUCAGGCCCAAGUGGCUGAAGGUACAGGUAAAGAAUUGUUAAUGAGCUUAGGGGCCAGAGAGACAAAAGAAGUUGGAGCAGAUCCAGUGUGGGAGAUUCACAGUCUUUAUUAACUUAAUGAAUCACCAUGCCUUUGUAAAAUGGCAGGGAGAAAUCAUUCGGCACUGCUGUCUCUGUUUUAAACCUGAGAAGAGUUAGGUAGUGGAAUAAGCUAGGCUGUGAUUAACCCUCAUUUUGGAAGACUUUCAAAACUUGUUGGGGCAGCACCCAAGAAAAGCACUGACCAUAUAUAUAUUCUUUCCUCCAUAAUUGAUUAAGUUGUCUCAAUCUCUUGCCUCAGGAGAAGCUGGAUUUUUGCAGGGCUGAAUGACUGAUUGGCCAGGCCCUUGAGCUGGCUAGUAAGCCACCUCAUGUUCCCCACAUUUCUCCACUUCCCGAAGACAAUGUAAAUGUGCAAAUGAGAGGUGGGGGGAAUCUUUAUUGCUUAAGUGCCCAAUGAACAUUUAGUCAGAUAACCAUAACAAGCACUUGUGUGCAUAGAGAGAAGACUAUUGGAAGUAUAUCAGAGAAGAGAUGCAAGCAGCUGCCGUUCCAGAAUCUGUGUUUCUGUAAAAGAGAGAAGGCAGGGAGAGGCAGAUCUUACUCCAAAGCAAGAGCCCUUUCUCUGGCUCUAGUUUGUCUGCAUGCAGCCCCAGCUGAGUAAGAUUGUCUUCCAUAAACACGGUUUUAACGAUGAGUCCGUAAGUGACUGUGGAGGCCAAUUCUGGAUCCAUAUGUCCUUCCACAGUGGGGACAUUGGUUUCCGGGUGGGAGUUGAUCAUGGUGUGGAUUUGCCAAAUGUGCCUUCCUUUUGGCAUGUUUCUCCCUUGCGUCCUGAGUUUGAGUGUCUUCAAAGCCCAUUAACCACCAUCCAUCCUCCAACCGCCUACAGACACUCACAUAGGACAUUCAUUGGUUCUGUUUUAAAGGAGAGGUAGAACUGGGUAUCAUCUGUAAAAGAGAGAAGGCAGAGAGAGGCAGAUCUAACUCCAAAGCAAGAAUCCUUUCGCUGGCUCUCGUUUCUUUGUUCAUCUUCAUGCAGCCUCUGCGAGGGAAACCAGAAGCUGCAUGCAGCUUUCCUAUGAAGUCACCAGUAUUACAGUGAACUUCCCUGCCGGUUUUUUUUUUUUUUACAGCCCUCAAGAGAAAACUAUUCAGCUUUCAUAUGCCUUAAGAAAACACUGCUGCAAGAGAAAUUUCUUAACAGCUGCUGGUGAACCCUGUGCAGCAUACAAAGGUCAGAUAAUAUUGAGUAAUUUGUAA